AUGCUGCGUGCCACGCUGCUCGUCCUUGGCUGCUUUGGUGGCUAUGCAGUUCGCCCAGCUGAGGCAGUUCGGUCGACGAACAACAUGACGGUGGAGUCCCCCCUGAAACUGGUGGAGCGAGUGCAAACGCUUCUUUGCAACUACGGCUUUGCUUACGAUUUGCCCGAAGAGCUCGGGUUGGACCCGUUGCCCCAUCCUUGUUGCGAAAAAAGCAAGUGUGCCGGCAGCAGCGAGAGUCCCGACUGCAAAGUGCAGUGUCACGUGACCUUCCGGCCACCGCCAGAGAUUACUGGGGUCGAGAUGUUCCUGCCGAGGGAGUGCGCCGAGCCGAUGUACCCCGUCAAGCCAUAUGUCAAGCCGAACCGUAGGAAGCCCUUCGAAGUCUACUUCGGCACGCCCAACGCGAAGGUGAAGGCCUUUGAAGGGAAGCGCUUGGACAUCAGUGAGGCAGAUGGGGGGCUGAUGGUGACUUGCUGA